ACAAACCCGCUGUAACAGAAUGCGCUGGUGAUUCCCAGUCUGCUGUGCUUCUUCGUCUCACAUUCGGUGGGGUUUCACAAAGGAAACACUCAGUGGCUGUUGUCGGCACUGAACUAUUGACUAUGGUUCCGCUUAAACUGCUCAUAUUUACUCUAAUUUUAUGUAAACUCGUUGCUGAUUUGGAUGCGAAAUGUCCGAAAGGUAAAAAGAAAACCAAAGACAAUGGUUGUGCAGACUGUCAGGAAGGAUUUUUCCAGCCUGAAGAAAAUGAUUCCCAAAGGUGCAGCGUGUGUACAAAGUGUGAUGAAAAAACUACGACUGUAGCUCAAGUCUGCACGAAAGUGACAGACAGAACAUGUAAGUGCCGUGAAGGAUUUGUUGCUUGGCCGAAUGAUGCUGCCUCUUGCUACUGUCCCAUGGGGUUUGGACUAAUAAAGGGAGAAACGAUUAAAUGUUCAAAAUGUGAACAUGGAUAUUUCAGCAAAGAUAUCGAUUCAACCUGUCAAAAAUGGAAAGAAUGCAAAUCAAGUGUGAAAGAGAACGGCACCAACAUGUCAGAUGUCACCUGUAAUGAAGAGAAGAAUAACAAUGAUAUCACUACAGCCACCACAUCAAACAAAAUUACCUCUGUCAUCAAACACUUGCGAACCACGCGUCCACAUGAGGGGGGCCCAACUCAGGAGAUAAAUCGAGUUACUGCUACCACCCCCACCACCACAGCUACUGUAGCCUCAAGUACCAAAGGGACUCCCAUCAACCCCUCAAACACAGGAAACCAAAUCGGUAUGACCCUUCUCCUAUUUGGAAUUAUCGGACUGCUUGUUCUGACCGCCGUGACCUGUAGGCUUCACAUCACUCCUUGUGUGCAGAGAAAGCCAGCGGUGCAACCAAAUGACCCAUUGUGUCGGAGGCCAGUUGAGGAAAGCGGCGAUGACAGUCUGUGUCCUCUCAAAGUGAAUCCAGGGAAGCUCUGAGGUGAAACUAGACCUAUCAACUAAUUCUGUGAAAUUUGGAUCAGAUCGUUAUUAUAUCAAUAAUUUCAGACUGAUCACACAUAUAUUUACAUUAUAUUAAAAUAUUGUUACAUUAGAAGCAGCAUUUUAAAAGCAAACUAUUUAGCCUACUGUUUCUGUUUUGCAGCAGGCAUAUUCAGUCUGUGGUGUGGUCAAUAUUUGACUUUUGUUUGUUCUGUUAUAAUAGAAUAUUGGUGAAUUAUCUCAACAAUUUGUGUGUAUCAUACCUCACUUUUGUCACUUAACUGUAAAUCAGUUUGACGUAUAAGGUAGCUUUACUUAAGCUGUUAUACCUACUUUAGUAAGUUAAUUUUACUCAAAACAUUUUUUGCUUACUGUGAUAUCUUAAUAUUUAUUACAUUCCACAAUUUGGAUACAGAUUUAUUACCUUAUACUAUUUCCAAGUAAUCCCCUUUACUUUUGCUAAAAUACACAUACACACACACACACACACACACACACAUUACACACAGUACAUAUAUUGUACUGCGUUUUAACCCUUAUGAUGUUGUAUAAUGUCAUAUUUUUUAACAGGGGCAAAUGACAAGUUUCUGAGAAACAAACAGUAUGACCAGUAUUGUAGUUAAGAUAAUAACAAUCAAUACUACUUAGAUAUUUUACGCACUGAUAUUUUCUGUCUCUGUUUUUGUCAUGAUUUGUUUGUUAGCAUAGUUCCUCUGGUGGCAGCUCUGUUAAACUGAGAACUGUAAUGAUAAAAAAAAAUACUUUCAGUGGAAUGCAGGGUUGGGGGAGUUCCCCUUGUGGAGACAAAUGUGCCCUUUUUUUUCCCACUGAGAGAUAUGUCCUCUCAUGCAUGUUUUCAUUUCAGCCUUUGGAAAGACUGAUGUUAAAAAUGAGAGGAGUUUCAUACUCUUUAUACCUCACUGGAGACUUUCCCAAGAUCAGUAUAGUCAGAGGAGUCAUGAAAGCCUGCCCUCAUUGUUUCUAAUCGAUUAUGUUUUGCUAACAAAUCUGAUACUAAAGCCUUCAGAUCACAGGUGGUUUGAUGUGUAGCUGGUUGGUUUUAUGUGACUAGGGUAUACUUGGAAAAAGCUGCUUGGAAAAAGCUGCAGGUUGGUUCCAAGUCAUUGGACAGCGCCCUCUGUUGGAAUACUUCGAAGAAAAUAACUGACAUUUCUUACUUUAAAACACAGACUAGUUGCUAUCUGACUCCUAUUGUAGCACGUACAUUUUUUUGUUUUUUUGUUUUUUUUGUUGUAAUUUUUGUCUCAAAUAUUUUUUUCUCUAUUGUCAAAGUGCACUGUGAUGUCCAGAGAGUGUAUGAAUAAACUUUUUCUAAAUAAA